AACGUACGUACUAGGUAGAGAUUAGCGGCGAAAGUCAGUUGAUUGGAGAACGGAACCAACAAGCGUGGCAUUUUCAAGGCUAAGAAGAAGGUGUUAACAACAGAUUAAAAACAGAAGUGCGGUUUGUUUUACCCUUAGUCGCCAACAUGAGUUCGUUAGAUUCUAUUCGAAAAGUGCUCCAAAAUUGCCAGCAGGAGCAUCUCCUAAAGUUUGAGGAUCAGUUAAAUGAAAACGAGCGCGAAAUAUUUUUAAAACAACUUAGUACUAUUAAGUUCGAUAAAGUGAACGCGUUGUUUCAAAAAGCAAAGAAUAGUAUUAGUGAAGAUGUUCAAAAACUGGAUUCUCGUAUGCAACCUAUUUCAGCGCAGCAGUGUGGAUCGGAAAAAAGUGCUAGUGCUGAGGAGUUAUUAAGUUAUAGAAAAUUGGGAUUAGAAGAAAUAUCUAAAGGACAUGUCGCAGUACUCUUAUUAGCUGGCGGUCAAGGAACCAGACUUGGUGUCUCAUAUCCGAAAGGAAUGUAUUCAGUUGGAUUACCUUCAGGAAAAACAUUGUUUCAAAUUCAGGCAGAACGAAUUCGAAGAGUUCUUAAUUUGGCUAAAGAAGAACAUGGCACUAUGGGUCAAAUUGUAUGGUAUAUAAUGACAAGUGGCCCUACAAAUGCUACUACAAAAAAGUUCUUGGAGAAAAAUGAUUAUUUUGGUUUAAGCCAGGAUAAUGUCAAAGUCUUUCAACAAGGACUAUUACCAUGCUUUGACUUUAGUGGAAAAAUAUUAUUAGAGGAAAAAAAUUUAGUUGCAUUAGCCCCCGAUGGUAAUGGUGGAAUAUAUAGUGCUCUCAGUAAUAACCAUAUACUAAAAGAUAUGGAAAAUAGGGGAAUUAAGUACGUCCACGUUCACAGUGUGGAUAAUAUCCUAGUUAAGGUAGCGGAUCCUGUUUUUAUUGGAUAUUGUGUUACAAAAGAAGUUGAGUGUGGUGCCAAAGUAGUAAGUAAAGACGGUCCUGACGAAGCAGUAGGGGUGAUAUGCAAAGUUGACGGAAAAAAUCAGGUGGUAGAAUACAGUGAGAUCACCAAUGAAACAGCAAACUUAAGAGAUUCUUCAGGAAAUUUAGUAUUUAGUGCCGGCAAUAUUUGUAAUCAUUUUUUCACAACAGAAUUUUUACAAAAAAUUGCAGACGACUAUGAACCUGACCUAAAGCUUCAUGUCGCUAAAAAGAAAAUUCCUCACGUUAACGACAGUGGAGAUAAAAUAUUGCCAUCCUCCCCAAAUGGAAUAAAAAUAGAAAAGUUUAUAUUCGACGUAUUUCAGUUUACUGAGAGAUUUGUAACUUGGGAAGUAUCACGCAUGUCUGAAUUUAGUGCCUUAAAAAAUGCUGAUAGUGCUAAAAAAGACUGUCCAUUCACUGCCAAGAGAGAUUUAUUAAGAUUGCAUAAAAGUUAUAUUGAAAAAUACGGCGGUAAAGUAAAAGACGGUGUUGAAGUAGAAAUAUCGCCCUUACUAUCGUACUCUGGGGAGAAUAUUGAGGAAAAAGUGAAGAAUAAAAUAUUUGAGGAAACGACAAUUUUGCUCUCCGAAGAAGAAGACUGUUUGAAAAAAAAAAUUGAAAAUUGUAUUAAGAGUUAAAUUAUUUGUGAUGAUUCAUUGGCACCUGGUUUAAAGUGGUUCUUGAUUAAAGAGAUUUAUAUUUCUACAGAAUAUUCGGAAGAAAUAUAAUCCAAUUCUUUGAAGACUUUUGAGACAAACAAAAUUUAUUUUUUAUUUUUGUCUACUUUUUUAUUAUUGUUAAUAGUAUUUGCAUUGAAAAAACAAUUGUUGCUUGUAUUAAUAUCAAACAAAUGUCGAACCACCCUUUUUAUUAAAGCUUUUUCUGAAUUCUUAUGUACGUAACAUAUAAAAAUACAUGUCAGUAAUUUAAGUUUUAUAACAUAAUUCCUUUUAAAAAGGCCUUUAUAUUGCUCAAAUAUUUUUUUCGUCAUUUUAUAUAACUUUGUACAUUUUAAAAAAUUAGGCCAUUUUUCUGUUAUCGC